AAUCUUUUACGAAUUGUAUAUCAUUAUCACUAUAUUUGUAAUAAAUUAUAUAAUGCUAUAUAUAAAAUAUAAUUUUUUUUGUAGCAUGUCCUCAUCGUGUCCGUAUCGUACUUUUUUGAGAAAUGUUGUGUCGACAUGUCCGUGUCGUGUCGUAUCGGUGUUCCGUGUCCAUGCUUCUUAGUGUAGAUUGGAUCAUGACAAUUAGUUAGAGGGUUCUCGUUAAUGGUUUUAGUUUGUAUUUCCUUUUUGUUUUUGAGCAAUGCUACAUGGAUUUAAAAAGUAGAUUUAAAAACUAGACUUGAUAAUCUCAACCAUUGAUUUCACUGAGUCCCAGCAUUUAUUGGGACCCACUACCUAUUCAAUGGUUGAGAUUAUCAAGUCUAAUUUUUAAGUCUAGUUUUUAAGUGGGACCCAUUACCUAUUCAAUGGUUAAGAUUAUCAAGUCUAAUUUUUAAGUCUAGUUUUUAAGUUCAUCCAGCAUUACUCUUUGUUUUUUUAUUGGUGGAUAUCUUGUUCACCUUUUGUAAUGUUCAACUUAAUGGUACUUUUUCGUUCAUUCUAUCUAAUAAUUUCCCUUCUGGGCCCAAAAAGGUCCGCCAACAAAGGAACUUGGGUUGAUACAUUCAAUAUGGCAAGAUAAUACCCUUCCAAAAAGGCUUUAGUGAGGCUUGUAGGCCCAUAAUAAUUCUGGAUUUGCCCCUAGACCUUUUGAAGGCUCUUCUGAGGCAAACUCUCACAAUAGAGUUUGUAUACAACUCAAAAAGAUACCAAUUGGCAGAAAUUCAAUAUUUAUGUCUGAGGAAAUUAAGUAGUGGCUUUAGUCAAUUUAUUUGCUCUAACACGAGUCUGUAGACAUUAGACAUGCUGGUCAUUCUUUCACAAGCUAAUUGUGAUAGAUUGGUUCUAGCAUUUGCCAUUUCUUUCAAGUUCAAUCUCGAUAUUUGAUAUUUUCAUAUGACCACAGUUCAGAAGAUACCAACUUGUCAUGUUUUUGUAUUCAGGUUCUCUGAUCUCACUGGAACUGAUUAUAGUGAAGGAGCAAUUGAUCUUGCUAGAAGCCUUGCCGAUCGUCAGGGGUUUUCCAAUAUUAAAUUAUUGGUUGACGAUAUACUUGAAACAAAGUUAGAUAGGAAGUUUGAGCUUGUUAUAGAUAAGGGGACUUUAGAUGCCAUUGGAUUGCAUCCUGAUGGCCCUAUUAAAAGGAUCAUGUAUUGGGACUCAAUUUUGAGGCUUGUGGCUCCUGGUGGACUAUUGGUGAUUACAUCCUGCAAUAGUACGAAAGAUGAAUUGGUGCAAGAAGUGGAUAACUUCAACCAAAGAAGAGUUGGUGCAUCCCAGGAACCUGAGACCCCGGGUGACCAAGCAGCAUGCAGAGAUCCCCCUCCAUUCCGCUACCUUGAUCACGUUCGCUCAUAUCCAACAUUCAUGUUUGGAGGAUCAGUUGGAUCACGGGUAGCCACAGUAGCAUUUCUGCGGAACUAA